CACACCGAGUCUGAUCAGAUCCCCGUGGUUUAUCCUGCUCAACGAGUCUUCCGCAGAUCCUGGUCCCGGGGGACAGUCGGAUCCGAGAUGAACUGGAGGACCGUUCUGCUCGGAUUCUGCGCGAUAUCGAUGCUGGUAGCCGACGUGUCGGCGAACGGCAACAGCACGUGGGACAAGAAGAAGCAUAGGACCAACAAGAAGCUCAAGAAGGACUUCCGGAAGCUGAAGAAACAGGACGGCGCGGUGAAGCUCGUGGGCGGACGCCACGGCCACGAAGGAAACGUGGAAAUACUUCACGACGGGAAAUGGGGCAGCGUGUGCGACGACGAAUGGGAUUACUUGGAGGCCAGUGUGGUUUGCAGGCAAUUAGGCUUCGACGGUGCAAUUAAACCGACGGUGAACGGCCACUUCGGCCAGGCCAGAAGAAGAUACUGGAUGGACAACGUGUACUGCGACGGCAGCGAGGACGAGCUCUCGAAAUGUCGGUUCGACGGAUGGGCCACUUCCGAUUGCGAGAGCAGCGAGGCGGCCGGUGUAAUUUGCGCCCGCGAAGACCAGGACGAGGUGGGGGAAACGACGGCCAAGAAGAAGCCCAAAAGGAAGCCGGAGAAGUCGAGAAUCAAGGAUAUCCAUCAGCAAGGAGUGGCGAUAAGGCUGGCCGGUGGACGUGUGCACUCCGAAGGCAGAGUCGAGGUCAAGCUAGGAAUCUCAGAUUGGGGUGUCGUCUGCGGUGACGGUUGGUCUCUAUUCGAGGCGGCGGUGGUUUGCCGGCAAUUGGGCCUCGGUUACGCCUCCGACGCCGUGCAGACCAACUUCUUCGGCGGCGAGAGGGCCCCGAUGGCAAUCGGCGGGGUGCAGUGUCGCGGGGACGAGAACAGUCUGACCGAGUGUCUGCACGACAAGUUUCUCGACUGUCCAGGAACCGCUGAAAAUGUGGCAAGCGUGGUAUGUCACCGAGAAAUGCCGGACCUGGUCUUCGAUCACCUGGAGCUGAUGCGAACCGCUUAUUUGGAAGACCGACAGCUUUAUUGGCUGCAGUGCGCGAUGGAGGAGAACUGCGUGGCCUCGCCAGCCUACAAGAUACAAAGGGAGUCGGAAAACUGGCAUCUGGAGACAAGGAGGCUGCUCCGAUUCACCGCGAGGAUCCUGAACGCCGGAACCGCGGACUUCCGACCCUCUGUUCCGAAACACCUCUGGGAAUGGCAUAUGUGUCACAUGCAUUACCACUCGAUGGAGGUGUUCGCUACGUUCGACGUGUUCGAUGGGAACGGGACCAGGCUUGCCGAAGGGCACAAAGCGUCUUUCUGCUUGGAGGACAAUCAGUGCAUGCCGGGCGUCGAGCCCAGGUACAAAUGCGCCAAUUACGGUGACCAAGGAAUUUCAGUAAACUGCAGCGACGUGUACAAGCACAAUAUCGAUUGCCAGUGGGUGGACAUAUCGGAGCUCCAGCCCGGACAGUACACGUUUAAGGUCGCGGUGAAUCCGGAGUUCAAAGUGGGCGAAAUGUCGUUCGACAAUAACGCGGCGAUUUGUCGCCUCCUCUACACGGGAACCUUUGCCACUGUGCAUGGUUGCGUCAUGGGCCGGCCUUGACACGGGGCUAUUACGCCAGUGAUAACGUCGCCGUGGCUCGAUGACGAGAGGCGGACGAGAAGAAAGAAUCGAAACGGGCACGAUAACGGACCGUUGUCAAUCUAUCCGGCAGCGAUUCGUUCUGUUCUAACUCGCACUCAACAAUAAACUGCCAUUCUCAGCAA